ACAUUACACAAAUCACAUAGGCAGAGCUGAGUCAAUUUCAAAUUUUCAAUUCCGUUGCUUCCUUCCCACUCUUCAAAUGUCCGACCCGGAAUUCCAACACUCCGCCGCGUCUCCGUUGAACCCCAACCCCGCCACCUCCUUCACCAUAUGGCCUCCGACACAGCGCACACGCGACGCCGUCAUCAACCGCCUCAUCGAAACCCUCUCCGGCCCCUCCUCAGUCCUCUCCAAGCGCUACGGCACAAUGUCACCUCACGACGCCUCCGCCGCCGCGUAUCAGAUCGAGGACGCCGCGUUCUCCGCUGCCUCCUCCUCCGUCUCUCCUGACGAUGACGGCAUCCAGAUCCUCCAUGUCUACUCCAAGGAGAUCAGCAAGCGCGUGGUCGGCAAUGUCAAGGCCAAACCUCCUCCCGCCGGUGACGAUGUAGACUCCGACGUCGCUCCUCCACCCGCCCAAGAAGCUGAGUCCGCCGCCGUUUCCGACUCUUGAUCUGUCAACAGCGAGAGAAUGUUAGGGUUCAUUCAUUGUUUGUGAUCUGCAUGCUUGUUGCAUCCAAUUAGUCUAUUACAUAAUUAGAUGAGUGAGUUAUGGUGCAUUGGUGAUUGAUGAGCAAUAAUGGUGUUUCUUUUGUUCUGCAAGCUCUCUAGAAAUGAUUGUGUAAUGUAGCAACUACAUUCUAGAAACAUUCUAUUAUGCUAAUGAUAUGCGUGCUUGAAUACACUAAUGAUUAUUGGAUCAUUGUUCUUAA